ACAACCACCUUCAGAGGGGAGGACCCUGACAGAAUAAACGUUGAGGCGCAGACGAGUUGUGAUCAGAAGCGAGUGAUUGUGAGCGGAGGGAUCUACAGAGUGUACAGAGGAGCAGUAAAGUGACACCUGAGUAUUAGCACCAUGCAGCAGCAGCCGCUUCUCUGGCUCGUCACUCUCCUGCCCCAUGCCAUACAAGCGCUGCCAUUCGCCCUCUCCCCGACAACCUGGUCCGUCCGGGAGAUCCCAACGUCCCAGCGAGCGGCCAGGGAAGCGGCCAGGGUGGCAGUGCAGUAUCUCAACUACUACUCGGGCUCUCCUCACCAGCUUGUCUAUCUAGACGUGGUUAGGAAGGCGACCGUGAAGUCCAUUCCAGAGAUCGGAGACAAAUUCUACAUUGAAUUCACAACUAAGGACUAUCAGACCAAUCAGGAGGCUCGGGUAUGCACUGCAUCAGUUUUCUUCCGACAGAAACAGGCAAAGCCAGCUAUACAUAUCAACUGCACCACCAGCGGGAGCCUGACGAAGGCACGGGAAAAUGAUUAUAAUUUUUACAGGCAAAUGAAGAAACAAGUGACACCCAUUAGUGGAAAGGACAUUCCUGACAGUUUUGGGUUUAUUGAGCCCGAUAUGCUGCCCGUGUGGUACUUGGCCAUUAUGGGAAGCAGCUUUGUAGUGUGGGAAAAGACCACCGAGGAACGCAGUUACACUAUGGCACAGAUCAAGACCGUGCAGCAGCUGCCCCGGAAAGAUGAUUCGAUUGCUUUUGAUUACGACAUCCUCCUUCAUGAACUCCCAACAGAGGAAAUGAUAUAUUGCAGCCUCCAUAUUGUCUGGAUUCCCGGGAAGCCGCCCAAAGUAGAUUAUGAGUGUUCCCACAACGCUGAGAAUGGCUCCGGCACAGAAUCAGAAGAAGGAUCAACUUUCUUCGGGAAUUUCAAAUAGAACAAAGAAUGCUUGUCUUCUGUAAGAACCUAAUAUCAAGGUUUUUGAAAAUGAUACUUCUGAUUAUAAUGGUGGGAUAGCUUCUAGACUAGACAAAUAGGAACAGGAUUACUCCACCAGCUCCGUAGAUGCACUUACUAAUGCAGGACUUUAACUGCAGCCUGCUGAAAGGCACAGGAUGUAUUAAUACACCGUAUACACAAUACUCACACACUGGCUGCUCUCGCUAAGCUCCUUGUUACAUCUAUAGUGAUGUCAGCCAUUGUUUCACCCCACUUAUUUCCUGCCCUUCCUUGAGGUUCCCAAUAUAAUAAAUGGCUACAGAAAGAAAUGAGCACAAAUUGGAUGACACAGGAGAAAUAUAUAGAAUAUGUACACUUCUACUAUAACCUGCAGCUUCUAGACUACUAGUUACAACUGUAUGAGAAUGCCACUGCACUACAAUGUUAAAGGACACAUUUUGAGUGAAAAACAAGAAUGUGUUAGUGCAUUAUACAUUUAAAUAUAUAAGUAUAUAUUUUGUGCUUACAAAAGCAGUGUUUCUGGCUGAUUUAUUGAACAUUUCUGCAAAAAUCCUACUAGUUCUGCCCAUCUGUUCCACUUCCUGCUGCCUCCUUUCCCAGACUGCACUGUAGGACAGGAAUCAAUCAGCAGCUAGCUGUCCUGAACUGAAGCCUAUCUUUGCUUGUGUGACUGCAGGACUGUGAUUGGCUGUCCCCCUACUACUGUGGCUCUUGCAAGGAACAUAAGGACAACCCCACCCACAUUUGAGACACAUACAGGGACUUCAGCAGAUCUAUAGGGAGCUCCAAUAAAGGGGGCAUUUUUGAAGAUAUUAAUUUUUAGCCCCAAAACUAGCAGUUAAUUAUUGCCUACAACAUUUUUUUUUUUUUACAUAUGCUAUAUGUCUCCUUUAACAGAGAGCUUCUGCCCCGAUGAAAGUGUUUCAGCACCAAAACACUGACCUAAUAUAUAUCUGUUUUUCUUAAGGCAGUAAAUAAGAGGAUAUUACAGUCAGUUUCACCCAAUACUAAUUUGGGAUUCAAACAUACAUUGUGGUAUAAAAUAUAACCAAUACUCAUAAGGGUUCAUUUGUGAGGAGUGGUGGGAGAAGUGCAAGAGCAUAAUUUAAUGCUCAUUCCGAGCACUUCUUCCCCCAUUCUGGGGAUGUGGUCGGAGACACGAGGUGCAGACCACAGACGUAAAUGUCCCUUUAAGUAAAGUGGUGUGCAGCUUUAAAAAAUGAAUGGUUGAGGGAAGUGACAUUCCACUUUGGUCUUGUAAAAAAUGUUUCCCCCAGUAACACACCGUACACCAUGGUAAAAAAGUACAUAUUUGUUGUAGCCUAACAUCUAGCUGGAGUCUUCUUCAAUUACAUUAACUGCAAAGGCACAAAGAUAUAUCGAUUGACGUAGUUCCUUUUGCUCUAUUCAUUUUCUAAUGACAUUUUGUACCUGUAACGGCUCUCUCCGUCUUUCUUUCAUACAUAAAAGUGGGAGCUGCCAUUAUCCUGUGUUAUUUGAGGCUAUCUCCAUUAUUGUCACCAUCAUCAUCCUCCUCCUCCUCCAGGAAAUGUAAACUCCCAAAACAAAUCAAUGUAAAAUUGCUCCGAUUCUGAGCACUUUUGCAAUUUACAAACUUUUUUUUUUUUUAGUUUCCAAGAUAUAAAAUGUAAAUGCAUCCUACUUUAGUGUACUUUAAAGCUCUGCAUGAUUCACCAAUUGCAAAUAUGUAAUGGGUGACUAAUACUUUUAGGCUUGUACUGUCAGUGCAGCUGAAUCAUUGACUACUGUUACAUGGCAGGCUGCUGUGGCAGAAUCACAAUAAAACUGCCUGUACUCUGUGUUGGUCAAUUUGUCCAUUUUUUAUUCACCAUAUUGCAAGCACACUGAAAAUCUUUUUGGUUGAAAGAAAUAGUUAAUUUAAGCCAUUUGUUACUUUAUUGCCCUGCCCCCUGAUUAAAUUAUCAGCCUGAAGGUCACGUGGUUGGAUCUGACAAUUUGUAAAACUAAGGGGCAUGUUUACGGAGUUUGGAGAUAAGUCACUGGUGCAACCAAUCAGCAAUUAGAACACAAAAGCAAAGAUCUUAUUGGUUGCUAUGGGCAACAUCACUGGUGAUAUUCAUCUCCAAUAUUAGUAAACAUGCCCCAUAAUCUCUAAAAGGGGACCCAUGCCUGUACUUUAAGUUAAUAUUAUUAUUAUUAUUAUUAAACUACCUCUAUGAGGGCCUGAACAAUUGUUGAGCUGCAGCUCCCAGCACCCCUAUAUGGGAGGCUACAGUGAGACAAGUGGUACAUGCCCAAUUUAAAGGUAUGUCUGAUGCUGGGGACCUGCAGGGCAAUCACCAUCUUUAUUAAAUCAUGUUAUUGCAUCAUGGCUUUAAAGUUUCAUGUAAACUCUUAAGCUGGAAAUAGAACAAAGUGUAUAAAAAGCUAGUUAUAUAUACACUGCACUUUACUAGAGUGUAACACAAAGCCAUAUACUUACUAUAUUAAAAAUGUAAUCUAUUUUUUUGCACUAGAAAUGCUACAUUUAGAAAUAAACACCUGUGAAGAAUGGAAGUAUUUAAUAUGUUAAUAAAAUGACGUAUUCAUUUUAA